CUGUGGAAUGGUGCCUGGGUGACCUCACCAAACCAUGCUAGCUAGGAAGGAGUUCUCAAUGCCCUCUGGCUGCCUAAGGCUGGGCAUUCCUCUGAGAGGAGGCUCCGUUUAAGUGAUGUUAUCUGCCAGCUUGGCUCAGAAGACUUGUGGCACAAUCUCUUGAGUUCUGGCAUAAAGCAUGUUUCCACUGCGAGACCUGCAAGAUGACCCUAAACAUGAAAAACUACAAGGGCUAUGAGAAGAAGCCGUAUUGCAAUGCACACUACCCGAAGCAGUCCUUCACCAUGGUGGCAGACACUCCGGAGAACCUGCGCCUAAAGCAGCAGAGCGAGCUUCAGAGCCAGAUUCGCUACAAGGAGGAUUUUGAGAAGAACAAAGGGAAGGGAUUCAGCGUGGUGGCUGACACCCCCGAGCUGCAGAGAAUCAAGAAGACUCAGGACCAGAUCAGCAACAUCAAGUACCAUGAAGAAUUUGAGAAGAGCAGGAUGGGCCCAAGUAGCGGCGAGGGUGGUGAUAUGGAACGCAGGAACUCCCAGGAUGGUGCCAAUUACAGGAGACCUGUGGAACAGCAUCAGCCGCCUCCUCAAGUCCAGCCCAGCAGCCCUGCCUACCAGCAGCAGCAGCCUCCAUCUCAGCCCUAUGGCUUCAAGGAGCCUGCAGCACCAGCCUCUACACAGCGUAAUGCCCCUUCAGGAGGAGGAGGAGGAAAGCGGUUCCGUGCAGUCUACGACUACAACGCUGCUGACGAAGACGAGGUCUCUUUCCAGGAUGGGGACACCAUCGUUAACGUGCAGCAGAUCGAUGAUGGCUGGAUGUACGGCACGGUCGAGCGCACAGGGGACACCGGCAUGCUCCCUGCCAACUACGUGGAGGCCAUCUGAGCUGUGGCCGAGGGGGUGUGGAGUGACACCUGAAGCAUCCAGCCCACCCGAGGUCCCCUCUCUCGCCCAGCAUUCCUUCUCUGCCACAUUCUGCCAUUACUCCAUCAGAGCUGCACCCCUGGCCCAUCCAUACUCUGCAGCGGGCUCUGGUUUCUCUUGCCAAUUUAGCUUUGUUUUGUAGCUAUUAUAACUCUGUUGGGACUAGGUGGGAAACCUUCUCCAGGGGCCACUCAGGCUGGCCCUAGCAUUGCAGCUUCCCUCCUCUAAUCUCUUCGCCCUUCACCUCCAUCUUUCUGAAGGGGUGGGGGCCUAGCUACCAGGCGCAUGCCCUGCAUCCCCAGGGAAGCAACUGGAAUCGCUGCCAUCCUGAGCUAAGAAAGGAUCCCAGCUGACCUGUUUGAUAGGACCAAACCCAUCCACCUCUGCUAGGGCCCAAGCCAGGCAGCUGGAGGGACAGUAAGGGACAAAUGACAAGGGGGUGUCUCCUUAACAGCAAGUUAGAGGAGGGGGUUAGUGGGGAUCCCCUUCUCUAGAGCCAUAAGUACCUCCCACCUGGAGGGAGGGCUUAGCUGGCAGCAGGGAAGCCUGCAGGGAUCUCGCAUUGGGCCAUCCCUAGUCGCCUCUCCCACCUCAUUGCCACCAUUAAAUGUUUCCAUUCAGUCUCUCUCCCUCCCCCUUCCACUCCUCAUUUUUUCACCAACUUAAACAAAAAAUAUUAGUUCCAAAGAAUCUAAGAUCAAUCGAUUAACCUUUUAAUCUUUUUUCGCUCUGUUCCUCUAGUGUUUUCCUUGACUUUUGGGCUGUGUCACUGCCUGCAGAGGUGCUGGGAUCCCCAGGAUCUGAGGGGGACUGAGGCAGAAGUGGCAGGCAGUGGGGCUUUGGGGCUGUGGUCCUUCGAACAGGGUAGGGCUCUUAAAAGCAGCAGCACAGGUCUGGCCAUGCCAUUUGAGCUCCCCUGGAUUGGGCCAUCUCAUCUCUGGGCCUUCUUGACGCUCUGUGGGGUGACUGCAGCUGCCCUGGGAGUGAGGAGUAGCCCAUGGGCUGCUUAUGGCUUAAGGCUGGAUGAGCUGCUUGUGUUUGAGAGCUAUGGGCAGAGGGUGACUCCCUGCCUCCCCCAUGGUCAUCCAGGAGUCCCCAUGGGGGGGGGUGAGGAGGAAAGCAAUACCCAGAACCUCCUCUAGAACCAAAUACCAUUCCAGCAGAGGGGAAUGGCCCAUGUGCAUAGAAGGGUUCUGUCUCACCUCGCUCAGCAGCUUUCAGCCAGGGUCACUGCUCACUCUCCCAUCCCUGCUGCUGGAUGAACUCCCUGUCUGCAUGGCCGUGUGGAGCAGGGUCUGGGGAGUGGUUCCUACUCUCUAGUGCCCCCUCACUACCCCCUGCCCCAUGGCUGUUUGGAGCCACUGACUGCUCAGUCUAGCUCUGCUUUUAUCCUAUGUCCAUGAACGAACUGAGCUGACCAUGGGAGAGAUUCUGCCAUGAGUGGCUGGUGGAGAUGUUGUGAAAAAGGCACAAGGUGCCUUGGGGUUUUGGGGGAGGGGGAGGGGGGCAAAGACCAGGGACUGGCUCUACCAAGUUCCACUUAGUUUCUGUUUUGCACUGGCAUGUGCCUUGCUCAGUAGAACAAACCUCCCCACAUAAGUCAGCCAACCCUCAGCUGGAAGGAGGCGAGGGAGCCAGCCAGUUCCAUCCGUGCCUUUCCCAGGGGCAGCAGGGCCAGUUCUAGUUCCAAUUCCAUUCCAUUUUGAGCUGGGAUGUUUGUUUACAGCCUUCUCUCCGUGGAAGGGAAGGGUCAGUGGCAAAGGGACCAGGAAGGGCAAUGAACAGAUACAUUCCACCCCCACCUUCGCUGCAUUCUCACUGGGUCCAGGCUGGUGGUAGACAUUCCAGGCUCCUGCUGGCUUGGAUCGCAUCAGGGACCAAAACUUCAAAGCACAUCCCCCAACCCAAGCCAAUGUUUUGGGCCCAGGGGCCACUAUAACUGGAAAUCUGUAUGCAGAGAAGACGGUGCUAUGUUGUCCUUGGUUAAGGAAGUUGGGCAUUGAUAAUAGCUAGCUGCAAAUCCUCCCACAUUUCCCCAGUGGAUCAACUCUGCUGCCCUCUCUGCCUUGGCAUGCUGAGACCCCCACUCCCUGGUGCCUUUCUCCCUCUCAGCUGGAAUUCCAUGUAGCAUGAUGGCCCUCGUUAUCCCAGGGGAGUCUGACCUGAUGGUGCAUCCGGUGAGGUGGUCUGUAAGUUCUAAGCAGACAGGCCUGGCUAAACAUUUUGUAAUUUUUAAUUGAGUUUUGAUAUCUGGCUUUAAGAAUCAAUGUGGAGACUAAGCUGAGAAGCAUGUCAGUUUCCAGAGUCUCCCUGAUCGGUGCCCCUUUCUCACUGAGCGCACUGGAGACCUCCGCUCAAUCCCAGCGCACUGUUCUGGGUUUACCCCUCUGUACACUUCCACUUCUGCUCUGUACACUCUUACCUUGGUGCUGCCCUUUUGGAGGAAGGGAGAAACAGGCUGCUAGAUUCUUAAAAUGGGGAAGCCACCCCUGAAAUAUGGAAGAGGACUCCACACAUGGCCUCUCCUCUUUCUCAUGUGCUCAUUGUUUCACUUCCAGAAGCACAAUGGAGAUGCAGAACCGUGCCUAAGGGACACUGAAUUGAAGGUGAAAUGUUUGCGUGAGAGGGCCUAAGGGGUGGGUAGCAGCAGCGAGCCCUGAAACCUGUCACUUCCUAGUCUCUCUCUCUGGUAGUUGCUAUAGUGCUGAAGUUUGUAUGGGCAAGAGGGUUUCUGGUCUCCUGUCCACAGAUCAAUGUACUUUACGAAAAAGGUUUCUGAGCUGUUCCAUCCCACUGGAUGAGCCAGCUAGCAGCAGGGCUGGGGAUAAUGGCGAACAUUCUGUUUAACCAACUUUCCUGUUCAUCUAAGGGCUUGUGGGAGACUUUGGAGGGGCGUGGCUGAAAGAAGAUGCAGUCAGCCUUGGGCACAGCAUAAAAGUGACAGCGAUGGGCUGCAGGGAAUUGAAAUCCUUGGUGAUGCUGAAACAUGUGAGCACAAGACCAGGGGGAAUGGAGAGAUGCACAUUCCCGAUUACUAAUACUCUGUUCUUAGAGCCAGUUGUCUGGGGAGGGGGGAAGUAACAAUGUGAAUAAACUUUUUAAUGGACCAAAUGAAAACACAGGAAACUUAAGUUUUUGGGCCUAAAACUUUUUUAAUGCUAACUUGACACUGUUGUCCCUAUCCUCCCCUUCUCCUGCCUGCCCCCCACUUUUUUUCCUUCUGACAUGAAAAACAGACAUCUUACUGCUUGAUUUCUGCCUUUUCUCUGACUUAUGCACUUUUUUGCCUUUUUUUCAUAGCUGAAAAAGCACCUAAACCUGUAUUUAAAAUAAAUAAGUAAAAUCUUAAAAAAAAAAAAAAAAAAAAGCUAAAUUUGCAUCAUUGUAACCAUUUCAUUAAUGUGUGUUUGUUUUUAAACAAACAAGUCUUACAUCUUAGCUUUCCAAGUUGCAUUUCAGUGCCAGGUUUAGAUCAUUUUUUUUAUUAUUAUUGGUGAGUUUUUUGUCUGUAUAUUUCUUCCGAUGGGCCUGAACACCCCCCAGAAAAUGAAAUGUAUUUGGCCUUUUUAACUGAACCAUUCAAUGGAACAAACCAACAAAUCCUCUUCUGGGUUUAUUCAAAUUUAAAAUAAAAAUAUAAUUUUUACCUGCUGA